GACCGAGGAGGAGGAAGAUCUAGUGCCGGGAAGAAAAUGUGACACUGGCCGCCAGAGGACUGCGCCGUUCGCCGAGGUUCGGGAAUCCGGAACCGGCUCGGUCCUCUCAUCCACCCCAUAAGGCGCCUUUCCGGGUCUAGACUCCUUGCAACCAUGGUCCGAGUCACUCAGCUCAAGAUCGCCGUUCUGGAUGACUACCAGGGCCUCUCGACACCCCAGUUCAGCAAGCUGGACAAGUCGCUCUUCGAUGUCACCUUCUUCAAGGACACCUUACUGCCCUACAACCACCCCGGAACCCCUGGGCAUGUCAGGGAUGCCUUGGUCUCGAGGCUAGAGCCUUUCGACGUAAUCUGUACUAUGAGGGAACGUACCCCAUUCCCCAAAGAACUCAUCGCGAGGCUGCCCAAUCUCAAACUUCUUCUCACAACCGGCUUGCGUAACAACAGCCUCGACCUCCCCGCCUUCGAGGAGCGCGGCAUCCCCGUUGCUGGCACUGCGGAAAAGUCCACUGGCAAACAGGCUGGCACAAACAGCACGACUGAGCACUGUGUCACACUCAUCCUCUCUCUGGCGCGUAACAUCGCCCGUGAUGACCUGGCCGUCAAGUCGGGCCUGUGGCAGACCGAACCCGCCACCGGCCUAACAGCCAAGACGCUCGGCGUCGUGGGGCUGGGGCGCCUCGGCGUCUCGACGGCUAAGAUCAUGUACUUGGCAUUCGGCAUGAAAAUCGUUGCCUGGAGCCCGAACCUGACGCAGGAAGCUGCCGAUGAGAAGGCAGAGGCCGAGGGCCUGCCCGUCGAGGGGCCUGGUGGGGAGAAGACCUUCAAGGUCGUCAGUCGAGACCAGCUCUUCAGUACUGCCGACGUCCUCAGUGUUCACCUGGUACUCUCCGACCGCUCCCGGGGGCUCAUCGGCGCCCAAGACUUUUCCAGGAUGAAGAAGUCUGCGUUUUUCGUCAACACGUCUCGUGGGCCGAUUGUGGUCGAGAAGGACCUGUUGGAUGUGCUGAAGAGAGGUGGCAUUCGGGGCUGUGCUCUGGAUGUCUUCGACCUCGAGCCGCUGCCUUUGGACAGCGAGUGGCGCACGGUGAACUGGGGACAAGACGGACGCAGCAGAGUACUGCUAACGCCUCACAUGGGCUAUGUUGAGGAGAAGGCGUUGAGUGCGUGGUACGAGCAGCAAGUGGACAACAUCAAAAGAUGGCAGUUGGGGGAUGUUCUCGUCAAUGUACUGGCGUAGAUAGCGUCGACAAUAGCCAGAGUUUGCUGUUAGCCUGUUACCUAUAGUCGUCAUGAACUACUGUCAUAGGUAGGUAUAACAAAAAUCUAGUCCCGGGUAGGUCAUCGUGAUGUUGCUCUUUGCGGGCCCA